AAACACAUUCGAAACAAAAUUACUACCCUGUCCUUGUCCUAUAAGUUACAAGUAGGCAGAGUGGUGACGGCGGAGCGACGAUCAUCAACUCACUCAACUAUGAACUGAGAAAUAUCAAGUAAAGCAUGGAAAUGGAAACGAGACGAAUGAGGAGAUUCGUGAGUCAUCAAAGACCCAACAACACUCUCCUUCCUCUUCACGCUCCUUCCUCUUCCUCCACUCACCUUUCCAAUACCGUUUCAUUCUUCUAUUCCGAUUACAAAUUCACAUUUUUCAAUAAACCUAUUUAUCUCUUCGGUCGCCGAUAUGCCAAGUUUUUCAGACUCUGGUUUUCUAUUGGCGUCGGGUUUGCUCUUUCUCUCAUGCUUGCUGUCACUCUGAUUCUGUUUUGGGAGUUAGCAACAGCUUUGCAUCUAUGUGGAGAUAGCAUUAAGUUUCGAAGUAUUGCCGCUGAAUUGCUCUUUGGGUUCCCUCAUUUGCUGUCUGGUUUGAGAUUGUCGCUGGCUGAUGCUGGAUAUAUAUGUAUUUCAACUGUCAUAUCUGUUUUUGUGCAUGAAUUUGGUCAUGCACUCACCGCCACUAGUGAGGGAGUACAAAUAGAGUACGUUGCCAUCUUUGUCGCAGUUCUAUUUCCUGGUGCUCUGGUUGCCUUCAAUGAUGAAUUGCUGCAAGCUUUACCACAUUUGACUUCCCUCCGCAUAUAUUCUGCUGGCAUUUGGCACAAUGCAGUUUGUUGUGCAGCUUGCGGAUUGACAUUAUUCCUCCUGCCCUUGCUCUUGUUUCCCUUUUACAGCAGUGAUCAUGGUCCAAUGGUUUUGGAUGUACCACCAACCUCACCUUUGUUUGGUUAUUUGGCACCUGGUGAUGUUAUUCGAUCAGUAGAUAAUGUACCCAUCAUAAAUGCUCAAGAGUGGUUGAGGCUUAAUACUUUGACAUAUGAUAACCAGUUUAAAACUAUAAAUAUUUCCCAGCACAUUGGAGACUUGGGUGUUCUUAAUAAUACAAAGGGAUAUUGUGUCCCUAGUCUAGUAACGGAAGCAGGCAAAAUGACUGAAUUGCUCGAAAGUCAACAUGUUUGUCCCGGUGAACGUACUGCCUUCGUAAAACUUUCAUGCUCUGACAAUAUUACACUGGAUGAUGGUCAGAACAAAACUGAACUAUCAAAUGGGAGAUGGAAUAUAUACUGCUUAAACGCCAAAGAUGUUGUCAAACGUGAUAAGUGCGGUGAUGGCUGGGGGCUAGCUACAUCAAAGGGAAGUAGCUGUCUGUGCUCUCAGGAUGAGUUUUGUUUAGCUCCAGUUCAGGAGCCUGGAAUGGUAUGGGUUGAGAUCACAUAUUCAAGUCCUUCUCAUGAGUGUUUGCAUGAAGAAAACAGGUUUCCAGUUUCCAAAACUUCUGACCUUAAGGAAACUAAUUGUAACGCCACCUUUAUUUUUGUUGGUGAUGUCAUCUCAAUGGCACAUUCAAUUCACCUAACAUCAUAUCAACCUCGCUGGGGACCAAAGAUCGUUGCAUAUUUUCCAAAUUUUCUGGAAAGGAUUUUAAUAUGGACAUUCCAUGUCUCUUUAGCUCUGGCUCUUCUCAAUGGUUUACCAGUGUAUUGUCUGGACGGUGAAUCUAUUUUAGAAGAAACUUUAUCUCACUUUACUUCUUUAAGUCCAAGGAAGAGGAAGAAGGUUCUAAGACUAUGUCUCCUUGGUGGGUUACUUGUUUCUCUUUUUGGCCUUUUACGGUUACUCCUUUAGUUAUAUUUUGAUAUUGCCUUUUUAAUUUUUUUUUAAAAGAGUAUAUGAGAAUUACAAAUCCGUGAACAAAACCUGAAUAUUCAGAAUUUCUGUUCCAAUACCGAAGGAAUCAAUCAACAAAAUAGAUAUUGUUACAAUCGAUUUUUAUAACCGGGAUCCAAGGCAAGUUGAUUCAUGCUCACAAAAGUGCAUUGUAGUAUGAAUACCGAAGGAAUCUAAGUUAAAUUUCAUAUUUCAUAUUUCUAACUACAAUGGAGGGUGAUACCACCCACCUGUUAAUAGGAAAAGACUAUGGUGGUUGUCGUAGUUAUUGCAACAUUUGUUUGAAACAGAGGAUCCAUCCAUCUAUAAAUUCAUAAACCAAAGCUUUUUAGAAUUGUCUGA